AUGGCUCUGAAACUCCCAAUCACUUUCCCCAUCUUCUCCUCACCCAUUGACCCGAACUCGAACCCGAACCCGAACCCGAACCCACGUCUAUCCAACAAACUCCAAUCCUCCCGCUUCAACACCGCCAACGACCACUCCCCGGAACCCAAAUCCACCGCAGAACACAACAACAAGAAACCAGUAAAGCCCAAAGUGAAUCCACAAUCACACCCGGCGCUAAAGUUUUCCAACAUCCCCAAACAGAAACUGACAUCAGUCAGCAAACCUCCCGACAAUGUGAAAAUCAGCGACGACGGACUCUCAUACGUAAUCGAAGGUGCUCCGUUCGAAUUCAAGUACAGUUACACCGAAACCCCCAAAUCGAAGCCAUUGAAAAUGCGUGAGCCGCCUUUUGUUCCGUUUGGACCGGCUACUAUGCCGAGACCGUGGACCGGUCGGCCUCCGCUUCCUCCGAGUAAGAAGAAGUUGAAGGAGUUUGAUUCGUUUGUGCUUCCUCCACCGCAUAAGAAGGGAGUUAAACCGGUUCAGUCUCCAGGUCCGUAUUUGCCGGGGACUGCUCCUAGGUAUGUUUGGUCUAGGGAAGAGAUAUUGGGUGAACCGUUGACCAAGGAUGAGAUUAAUCAGUUGGUUCAAAGUUGCUUGAAAUCUAGUCGCCAACUCAAUUUGGGUAGAGAUGGUUUCAUACAUAACAUGUUGGAUAAUAUACAUGCUCAUUGGAAGCGCAGAAGGGUGUGCAAGAUCAAGUGUAUAGGAGUGUGUACUGUUGAUAUGGAUAAUGUGUGUCAACAGUUGGAGGAAAAGACAGGAGGGAAAGUCAUUUACAGAAGGGGUGGUGUUCUUUACCUUUUUCGAGGAAGAAAUUACAAUUAUAAAACACGUCCGCGUUUUCCUCUCAUGCUGUGGAAACCCGUGCCUCCAGUAUAUCCAAAACUGAUUCAGCAAGUUCCCGAAGGUCUAACGCUAGAAGAAGCAACUGAAAUGCGUCAAAAGGGAAGGACAUUGAUUCCCAUAUACAAGCUAGGAAAAAAUGGUGUUUAUUAUAACCUUGUAAAUAAUGUUAGAGAGGCAUUUGAAGAGUGUGAGCUAGUACGUAUAAAUUGCCAAGGACUAAAUAAAAGUGACUAUCGAAAGAUUGGAGCAAAACUAAGGGAUCUUGUUCCGUGCACUUUGAUUUCAUAUGAAAAUGAGCAUAUACUUAUGUGGAGAGGACGGAAUUGGAAGUCCUCUUUACCAGAUCUUGGAGAUGACCGGAAGGAAGCCAAUAAAAUUGAUGUUGGAAAUGAAAAUUACAGAACACCAGAGUCAGAAGCCCUUGGUGUCUCGGCACCAAGUCUACAGAAUCAUAACACAGAACAUGCAAGCAAUUUAUCACAUGAAACUAGCAUUUCCUUUUGUUCAGAUGAUAUGGCUGUGAUAGCCGAAGCUUCACUCACAAAAGACUACGACGCUAAAACCACAAAUGUUGCCACAAAUUCCUAUGUUGAGCCAAAACCUUAUAGGAGCAUCAGCCCAGGUACAACCAUAUCACACGAUGGUAGCCACAUCGAAUGCCCCUCAAAAGCUAUGAAUGCUAGACAUGGAGCUGUGGAUAUAAUGGACGACAAAAGCAUCACUGACAGUCUUUCUUCUUCAAUUUCAAGAUCAGGUGCAAUGCUAGGUGAUUCUGGAACAACUGAUGUCAGUCUGUUGCCAAGGUCUGCUGCCCCUUGUAUCAAAGGAAUUUCGCUACUAUUGGAGCAAGCUGUUGAGCAAGGCAGUGCACUUGUUUUAGAUAAAGAUUUGUUGGAUGCAGACAAUAUUUAUCGAACCACAGUUUCCUUUGCCAAAUCAGCUCCACCUGGACCUGUUUUUAUGAAACAUAGAAAGGUUGCUGCUGAGGUUCAAAAAAGUGACAAGCAAGAAGCUCCAACAUUGGAGACAAGAGAAACUACUGCCAUUACCACGAAAGGUAAAAGAGAGAAGAGUCCUAGAAUUCGAAGAAAAGAAAAUUUUGAUGAGAGAUUUAUGAAUCUUGUUCCACACGGAACAUUAGGAGUUGAUGAACUUGCUAAACUACUAAGAUGA